AUGGCAGAAGUCUCUAAAAUGACAUUAAAGAUCCUUUACACGUUGGACAACGGAUCCAAUGGCAGUUAUUUAGCACGCUCUAAGACUCCAACACAGGUAAGGGUGGCUAAUAUUCCCAAUCCCUUUUUAGCGGCUUCGAAUGAGCAUACAGAGUUAAGAAUUGGCGCAAUUCAUUUGAAAACCAUAUUACAUGAAAUCUACUUGAAUUCUCCUGAAGUACUUGAUCAUGACUCUUUAAAAGAUGGACAUGACUACAACCUGUAUUAUCGUGAUAUUUGUGAGAUGGAUGAGCCACUAGUAAGUCUGGGCCUUCUUUCUAAGCUUCGAAGAAAGUUCCAUAAGAUUCAUAAGAGUACUUAUCAACACACAGAAAACAGUAUAAGUGAGGAGGACGAAAACGAAGAGGACGAACAAAUUAUAGAGGAGGAGGAUGAAGACGAAUCUUUCAUAGUGACGGGAAGGGUUUGCUCAAAUUUUUCAGCGCUGCUAAGGAGAUCGUAUAGCAACGCCUCGAGUAAAAACGGAAGAACCGUGAGCAAUCAAACCCCAGAAGAAACGUUAGAGGUUAAACUAAGGUUCUCUAAAGUCGUGGCUCAUACUAGAACCACUGCCAACAGCGCUGCGAAUUCUCGAAGGCCAAGUAUUCAAUUGCAGUCGUCCUCUUUGCCAUCGUCAGCACUUCCGUUUCCUUCAAGAAUGCAGCCUCUUUCAAAAGCAAACCAAAUAAAAAAUUCAAGAAAUGCAAGGACCACAACAACAAUAAAUAAUACAGGCAAUGCGACUUUGGGGCGUAGACAAACAAACCCUAUGCCUGCUCCAAAGGCUGUUAGAACACAAUCCUUACCUAUUUGGAACCUCAAACCAAAUUCAACCAACACUGGUUUCCCAAGAAACUCAAUUGCACAUAAAAUAUAUUUAGCGGAUAGAAAAACAGAAGCUCACCAACAAAAUCAUCCAAACCAACAUCAAAGUGUGGCUUAUGAAAUAAACACUUUGCAAAAUGACAAUACAAUUCAGAAGACGAAAAUUGACGAUUCGGUAAGCAAAAGGUUUGACUUCAUGCUCAACAAAAAAAAGCCCACUAAAAAAGUGUCUUCUACAACAGUAACGGCAAGAAAACCGACUUCAAUAGGCCCAAACUUAAAGCAAACAGCAAAGAAUAUUGACAAAAGGGCAACUGCCAAGGUCAAAAGCUCAGAUUCCAAAUAUCCCACCAAGUCCAUAUUACCAGGCCAGAAACGAUCAUCUGUGGCAGAGCCAUUAAGCGACGACGUGGAUUCGAUUUUGCAUGACAUACUAUCAGGUCCAAUCAAUCAAGAACAGAAAUCCCAACAGAAACAAAAGCAACACAAGACUUCUGCGGUGAAUGAAAAUGACAAAGAGAAUAUUCCACCGCAAUGUGUAACAGAAAAGGAGAACAAGCUUUACGAUGAGUUAGAUUUUAGUGCCGGUUUUCCUAUGAGUGACUUUUCAGACAUAGUAUUCAAAGAUGAAAUUGGAUGGUUGUCCAAUUUUGAUUUCUUCGAAUCACCAACUUCCUUAACUGGUUCACACUUCAACCAGCAAAAUAUAAAGCCCUCUUCUACAACACCUAGGGAUCCGAACACAUGCAAUACUGUUACUUUGGAAAAUGAAGAUGAUGUUGGUGAGGUAGAUGAAGCGCAAAAUAAUAAAAUUCCAUUGACCAGUGACGCCGAUAAGACUUCCCCAAUAGACUCAUUGUCUAUACCGUUGAUUGAGCUCAGUCACUCAAGUUCAGCAGUAAACAUACGGCACACAUCAUUGAAGGAAGGUUCGAUGCCGAGCGGAGUCGAUAGCAGUAACAAUACACCCUGCGAUAAUGAUACUAAGGAUAGGAAAACACCGAUAAUAGACUCCGACAAUUCAAAAGCUCAGCCAAUGCUUAUGAAUUUCUCAACCCCAGCAGAUCAGCUAGGUUCUGAUAAUAAUGUUGCCACCGUAAAGAAGCUUGUCAGCUUGCCAGAAGGACAACAACUUAAGAGAUCUCAUGAAACUCUGGAAGAAGAGGAGGAGGAGGAGGACCUGAAAAAGCAAAAGGCUAUACCCUCUUCGCCUUGUGGAAUGUACAAUUACCAUCAGCCUGAGUGCAUAGGCUUAUCUGACGAUAUGGUUAAUGAACAAGAUCAAGAACAAGGUCUUGAGAACGAUGCUGAGAGCGAUAAGACUAACGACUUGUUUUCCACUUUUGUAAACCCUGGCAGAACAGGAAGCCAAAUUGUAACUAGCCCCAUUAGCGAGUAUCAAUCUAUCAAGCAUCAAUAA